CCCGAACAUCGAAAUUUAGACAGAAACAAGGUUUACAACAACUACCGCCAUGCCAGCGGAUCAGCACUGAUCCAACGCCGUCAAGCUGGCGCCGUUCAGGCUGAACCUGAGCAGGAUGUCGAAAUCGAACUCCUCGUCGAGGAGCAGCUCGGUGGAGACCCCUGCCGACGGCGACAACGACAAGGAGGGGGGCGGGGGAGGGGUGCCCCCCCGCCUCCACGCGGCCGCGCCCCCCAUCCUGGAGGACGGCGGGGGGGAACUGGACGUCGCGUCCAACAGCCCGCCGCCUUCCUACGAGCGAGUGUUGGAGGAGACUCGUCAAAAAGCAAAAAGUGAUGCGUCUACUCCGACAAACACUGUCAGAGGGCCAGAAAUAAUGCACAAAUCCAGCAAGGAACUGUACAGAGCCGUCGCAAAACAAUUUGGAAUCACUUGUAAGAUGUCGGACCAAUGCAGGUGUUUUGAUUGUCAAAGCCACUACUUCGACUGCGAGUACGAACAAAACGAGCAAGAAAAGACAGAUGGGGGCCUAGGGGCAGGCACUCCUAUGUUCCUUUCGGUGAUGAAUGGCGGCACAUGCGCCAUUUUGUAAUCAGC